AACUGCAUCAUGAAAAUCAGAUUUUGCUGGUGAUUGAUCCUGUGAAUGGGUAGGCAAAGCAUGAACUGAGUGCUAUGGGGUUCGUGGAGCUAAUCUGUAAGCCAGGUGAGCAAAAUCGAAAGAAGGUUGAUGUUGACACACUGAAGUAUGUACUUAGGGUGAAACAGAGACUUUUGGCUUGGUUGAGAAGUUGGGCUCAGUCGUGACUUUGUUAGUUAUGUGGACGGACACCUGGUGUUCCAGGCAAGAUGAUUAGGAGGGCGUUACUGCAAAUGGGUUUACCAUUUUUAGAACGAAACGAAAGUCGGCAUGCUCUGCACGUCCCUGCAUACAUGUCCGCAGGUCGGAUGGCUGCCCCAGAUUGUCACGGUCCGAAGGCUUGGGAUUCCGUACCCGCGUUGGCUAUCGAUAAGCCAUCUGCCGCCUUUCUGAUGCAGCGCGGGAGGAAGACUGCCCGCUUGCUUUCAGCUUCGACUCCGACUCCACCCUGGAUUUCUAUCCCAGACGCCUCAAGAUGGCCUGGGAUCAUGUCGCUUGUGCCUCGAGUUGGAUUUUCUUUCGACGGCACGAGCACGCUCGAAUAGGCCACGGCAAGCGACUCGCAGGGAUGUCAGAUUAAUCUCAGCCAUCCGCUACGGCCACGGAAAAUGCGGCACAGAGCGCGAUGGCGAUGAUUGCUGUCGCAUUUCAGCCCAGGUAUGCUUCGGGGAGCAUAUGCAGAGCUGCUGCUUCCUGCCCUGGCGGCCAGCGAUGACUCGGCAGCCACCUGGACCGUCUGCACACUCUGGAAACUCGACAGCCCUAGCUGUGCGCGCCUCCAAUAUGAAGAACCAGACGUGUGUUUCACGCAAUUGUCAUCCGUCGGGGCGAUUCACGGGGAGCGAUCGAGCGGGGGGCAGCGGGAGCGUCGUCGGAGCCAUCGUGUUAUCCUGGUAUCGUUUAAUUUUAGCCCAGCAC